UCCAACGGUUGAUUUCAAAAAAUAUUUAUUCGAAAUAAAAUUACGAGCAGUGUAACUCUUUGAGUGUAAUUUGAUCUCUCAUAUCUUAGUAUAAUUAACUUGCCAGAUUGUCAUGAUAACUUUCUUUUAAAUGCUACUAUUUUAAAAACAGUGUAUUGUUUUCUUUUAUAUAUUAAAUAUAAUUGUUUUAGAAUUGUUAAUCACCAAAGUGAUUAAAUUCAUUAAAGUUUGUAAUUCUAAAUUAUACAAUUGAAUUUUUGAUUUGAUACUAUAUGGAUAACAUGUUUAUGUCUCAUCCAAAGAUGGAUCAUGACUUAUAAUUAAUGAAAUUAAGAUAUUUAUCACCAUACUUAUUGCUUGUAUAUCCGAAGAUAAACAUACAUGUUAUUUUGAGGAUGAUUAAUUCUUCAUUAAUGGUAGAACCGACAAAGAUUACCUCAACUAUAGAUGGAAACCCUCUUCUUGUAACCUUCCCAGGUUAUCACUUUUUCAUUCAACUUUUGUUUUUCUCAAAUGGGUAUUCAGUAUUCACUGCUUAAGAGAUCUGAGUAUAGCAAAACUGAAAACUUUUUUUUUUACAGGUUUGAUGGUGGGAAGUUUUUGGAAAGAUACAAAGGAAAGAAGAUAUUGUUUGUAGGAGAUUCCAUUAGCAACAACAUGUGGCAAUCGUUAACUUGUUUGAUUCACAUUGCAAUCCCAAACUCAAAUUAUACCUUAACACAACAAACUAAAGACCUCACUGUGUUCUCAUUUCCGGAAUACGAAGCUUCAAUUAUGUGGUUGAAAAAUGGGUUCUUAGUAGAUUUGGUUUAUGAUAAAGAAAAAGGAAGAGUUUUGAGGUUGGACACAAUUAGCACUGGGAAUCAAUGGAAGGGUUUUGAUGUUUUGAUUUUCAAUACCUAUCAUUGGUGGACUCAUACUGGAAAAUCUCAAACAUGGAAUUACUUUCAAGUUGGGAAUGAAUUAAUUAACGAGAUGGAUCAUUUGGAAGCUUUUAAGAUUGGAUUAAGCACUUGGGCUAAAUGGGUUGAUUCUAAUGUUGAUCCCUCAAAGACUAGAGUUUUGUUUCAAGGAAUUGCUGCAUCUCAUGUUGACACAGAGGGAUGCGUGAGACAAACUAAACCAGAUCAAGGACCAAUGCCACUUUAUCCUGGUGUAAAUAUUGUAAAGAACAUUAUAAGUAAAAUGGAGAAGCCAGUACAGUUGCUGGACAUCACUUUGCUAACACAGUUAAGGAGGGACGGGCACCCGUCUAUCUACACAGGUCGUGGCGAAAGCUACGUGGACUGCAGUCACUGGUGUCUGGCAGGUGUUCCUGAUACUUGGAAUGAAAUGCUGUUCACAUAAAGGAGAGUUAUUCUUGGAUGAUGAAGAAUUUGCUCCAUACAAGGCAAUUGUAUCAAGAUUUGGAUUUUAAUCGAGCUGUUAGUGGGAAUAAGCUUCAUUUGAAACUUCUCUAUUUAGACCUGCUAGCCACGGAUGUGAAGCCUGUGUGGAGACACUUGAUGUUUGGUAAUUUCGCUCGGCCGAGAUCAGUGUUCAUCUUCUGGUUAGCUUGUAAUGGGAGAUUGGCCACUAAAGAGAGGUUAAAGAGAUUUGGGCUGAUUCAAGAUGAUAGGCGUGUAUUCUGUUUGCAGCAAGAAACCAUUGGACAUUUAUUUUUCUGCUGCAAUAGACUGAAAAGUAUAUGGGAACAAGUUCUAAGAUGGAUCAACAUUGCUCAUACUCCAAUGGAAUGGGAUAGGGAACUCGAGUGGAUCACUCAUAAUUGCAGAGGCAAAAGCUGGAGAGCGACCCUCCUAAAAAGCGCGGUUACUGAAACUAUGCAAUAUGGAAAGCUAGGAAUGAUAAUGUGUUUGGGCAUAGCAAUUAUAUAGGAGACAUUGAGAAGGAGAUUAUAGAUAUACUAGUUUAUAGACGUUGGAAUGCAAAGAAAUAUAGGAAACACUUAGCUGCACUUAUGUUAUAGGUGUAGUCUCAUAGUUAUUUUGUGUAUAGGAUUCGUUCUUAUGGCUGGAUCGUGAGCGAUCGCCGUGUAUAUAUUGUUUUUUGAAUUAAUCAAAUGCCAUUGAAUCAAAAAAAAGUUUUGUGCUUAAAGAUCGAAAAAACAGUUAUAGAACAUUUAUG